UUGUCUAACCUCAUUGAUCUCUGUGUGAAGGCCUCGUCCAGACGGCCACCUACGUUGUCCUGAUUGGAAACAGAGAGUGGAUGAAGAGGAACUGCCUGCAGGUCAGACCGGACAUCGAUGAGGCCAUGAUCGAGCACGAGCGCAGAGGACGCACGGCUGUCCUCGUGGCUGUCGACAACACUCUGUGUGCGAUGAUAGCCAUAGCGGACACGGUGAAGCCAGAGGCGGAGCUGGCCGUCCACACCCUGCUCAGCAUGGGGCUGGAGGUGGUGCUGAUGACCGGAGACAAUAGCAAGACGGCACGAGCUAUCGCUGCUCAGGUGGGCAUCAGGAAGGUGUUUGCCGAGGUGCUGCCCUCCCACAAGGUGGCCAAGGUGGAGCAGCUGCAGCAGGCAGGAAAGAUCGUAGCCAUGGUGGGCGACGGCGUCAACGACUCUCCUGCUCUGGCCAUGGCUGACGUAGGCAUCGCCAUAGGAACCGGGACAGAUGUGGCCAUAGAGGCAGCAGACGUGGUGUUGAUCAGGAAUGACCUCCUGGAUGUGGUGGGCAGCAUCGACCUCUCUAAAAAGACCGUCCGGAGGAUCAGGAUCAACUUUGUCUUUGCUCUUAUCUAUAACCUGGUUGGCAUCCCUAUUGCUGCUGGUGUGUUUCUCCCCAUUGGUCUGGUGUUACAGCCGUGGAUGGGCUCUGCUGCCAUGGCGCUGUCCUCGGUCUCCGUGGUCUUAUCUUCCCUGCUGCUCAAAUGUUACACAAAGCCCACGGCGGAGAAGCUGGAGGCCAGGCUUGGGAACAGCAGGCGUCCGGGCAGCCUGUCCGACGUCAGCGUCCACAUCGGGAUGGGCGAGAUGCGGCGUCCCUCCCCCAGACUCAGCCUGCUGGACCGCAUCGUCAACUACAGCCGGGCCUCCAUCAACUCCCUGCGCUCCGACAAGCACUCCCUCAACAGCUUGGUGCUCAGCGAGCCCGACAAACACUCCCUGCUGGUGGAGGAGGCGCGGUGUGAGGAGGAGUUCUGCUGAGGCUCACACGGCCCUCAUGGUUUUAAGCUGAACUAGAUAACAACAUUUAUUCUAGGCUAGGAAAUUGAAUAACUGCUGCUGUAGGUGCCUUAGGGCGGCACUGUUGACUUGGAAAAAAAGCUUACAUGUCCCUGGGUUUUCUUUUAGCUCAACCAGCUGAUCACAUGCACUUCAGAGAGGGAGGAGGGGGGGGGGUUUCUCUCCCUCAGUUGCAGACUAUCUUUUGUUGAGGUCAUCGCCCCAGGGCCCAGUCUUUGGCCGAGCCUUUGACUCUCUGUGGGCAUGAAGCAUCUACAGAGCUUUGAAGCGUCCACAUCCAGGAAGCAGAGAUAAUCGCCUCUGACCUGCCAGUACAAUCUUUCCAAAGACAUUUUAACCGUGGUGCCCGGUAUAAGAGAAGACACUACCAGGCUAUAUUUGAACACUUAUACCUUAAAUGGGAAAUUAUAAUGUUGUAUAAUUAUAUGUUGUAUUUAUAUUACCCUUAUUUAUCUAUUUUUUUCAUUAUAUUCUAUGUGAAGAGUGAAGUUGUCGAAUCCAAAUGUAUCCACAGAAUGUGUAAUUACUGAUUAAGGAAUGAAGACUCGUGAAGUCAAUCGAAGAAGAAACCAGCUGAAGACUGAAUUUUGUGCUACCUGAGUUAGCUGUUAAUGUCACAAUGUAACCCAAGUGCCAAUCCAAGAACCACCUCGGCAAAGUCCAUCACAUUCCAAAGAUAGCAGCGCACAGAGGUGACUUUGGAUUCAUGUGGAUAAAGUUUGAACAGAGAUAAGGUCAACGCCUCGCAGCAGACGCUGAAUGGUGACUGCAGCUAUAGAACACCUCUCAUAGGUUUCUAUAGGUGUGUCUGCGUCUUCAGUUAAUGAUUCAAUAUGUCUGUCAAUGAAUGUGAACACUGCUCAUUGUUAGAAAUGAACAGAAAUUGUUACAUAGGUGACUUUGUGCUGAAAUUGCUUUAUUUGCUCGUUGCAAAGAGAAGGUUUUGUGUUGGAUGCAGUUCGUUGUGAAAAAGAAAAAUGUGUCUUUUUUUUUUACACAGAAGACAUGUUGACAUGUCACACACAGGAAAAGCAGAAGGGAAGUUAAUAAGGAAUGAUGUUGGGAAACUUUAAUAGAACGGACAUUUUCAGUAACACAUCCUUUUCCUACUCAAAAUGUCUGCUGUGGAAAAGGCCUUUUGCGAAAGCCUUUGUUUUCUUUCUGUCAUCACACUAGAUAAGAUGUUGUUACUGUUUCCAGUGGUGGCAAAUCUGUGCUUUUUAUUAUGUGAUUCACACUGUUGCACUUGAUCGAAGAAACAUCUGUAAACCCAGGGGAGCAGGAAACACAGCUGUGACUCAGCAGUUCCACCAAACAAGUUACUGAGAGGCAAAUGUUGAAGAAUUAAGUAGAUUGUUUCUUUAAAAUCAUUGUAGGAGAGGAAAGGUUGAGAUUACAUCUUGCAAUCAAAGACAGCUUCUGGUCAGCUUUAUUUUUCUAUAAUGUAAAAGUAUUUCAAAAAUGAUGCUGAAUUAUUUUCUGCUGUGUCAAAUCUGGAGAUAAUCAUUACAGUCCAGCUAUUCCUUGCAUUUCUGUGUCCCAAGCUUCUAUAGUAUUUCUGUUUGGUGAUAUAAAAUGCCAUCAGUUUGUCCUGCCACUUUCCCAUGAUGCAUUAUGUUCUGUAGCUAUCACACCCAGCUAGGUGCCAAUCUGUUGUUUGUUCGUGGCUUUGUAAAGAUGUCCAUAGGGCUUAGGCUCUGUGUGCACUUAAAUUUAAGCAAGUCCAUGUUUGCUGUCUUUCAUAGUUCUUCUGAACGUGAUGUGCCUUGGAAUAAAACGCAUUUGUAAUCUCA